UAAUUUAUAAUCAUAAAUUUUAAUACAUAAAUUAACUAAACCGUGAUUAGAAAAAAGGUGUUUCCAAUAUGUCCUUUCAACUUUAAAAACAAUUAGAUUAGAGAGGCCCACUUUUUAAUUUGAUUUUUCCAAAGGGUUGUCGGUUGCCAAUGCAAAGCUAGCAUGUUAGAAGGGGCAUCAGGGGGCUCAACAUUAUUAUUGCAACACACCUUAGCUUGUUCCAAGCCAUUCAUCACUCCAUCUUCUUCCAUUUCAGAAUGAAGGGCACAACAAUGGCAAAAUGGUUAAGUCUUCUGGUUUUUGUAGUUCUAUUGCUUAAGGCAGAAGGGGUUGAUGUAGGACUCACUUAUGUUCAAAGUGCUGUACCAAAAGGCGCUGUUUGCUUGGAUGGAAGUCCACCAGCUUACCACUUUGAUAAGGGGUUUGGAGCAGGAAUUAACAACUGGAUUGUUCACUUUGAGGGAGGAGGUUGGUGCAACAAUGCCUCUGUUUGUCUCGAUCGCAGGGACACUCGCUUAGGUUCAUCUAAGAAAAUGGAUCAGACAGCUUCCUUUUCUGGAUAUUUAAGCAACAAGCAAAAAUUUAACCCAGAUUUCUACAACUGGAACAGAAUCAAGGUUAGAUACUGUGACGGUUCAUCGUUUACCGGUGACGUGGAAGCAGUUGAUCCUAAAACCAAUUUGCACUACAGAGGAGGAAGGAUUUUUGUUGCUGUCAUUGAAGACUUGCUGGCAAAAGGAAUGAGAAAUGCUCAAAAUGCUAUUCUUUCAGGAUGUUCAGCAGGAGGAUUGACAGCAAUACUACAAUGCGAUCGCUUUAGAUCUCUAAUUCCGGCAGGAGCUAAAGCCAAAUGCAUUUCAGAUGCUGGUUAUUUCAUCAAUGUAAAGGAUGUCUCUGGAGCACAACACAUUCAAGAAUUCUACAGUCAAGUUGUUGCAACACAUGGAUCGGCGAAGAAUUUGCCUGCCUCGUGCACUUCAAGACUGAGCCCAGGGCUGUGUUUCUUCCCAGAGAAUGUGGUAUCACAGAUCAGGACACCAAUUUUCUUUGUUAAUGCAGCAUAUGACUCAUGGCAGAUAAAGAACAUAUUGGCACCGGGUGUUGCUGAUCCGCACGGGCAAUGGCGCGAUUGCAAGCUUGAUAUUAAGAAAUGUUCUUCUGCUCAACUCAGUGUAAUGCAAGGGUUCAGGACGAACUUCUUGAGCGCAUUGAGUGGAGUGGGGAGCACGCCAGCUCGGGGGAAGUUCAUAGACGGAUGCUACGCUCACUGCCAAAUGGGAACCCAAGAGACAUGGAUGAGAGCUGACUCGCCUGUGUUGGCCAAAACAACAAUCGCCAAGGCUGUCGGAGAUUGGUAUUAUGAGAGAAGGCCAUUCCAUGAGAUUGAUUGCACUUACCCUUGCAACCCCACCUGCCACAACCGUAUCUUUGAUAACAACCGCUCAGAUGAUUAGACAUUUAUUAAAAGAAGACUUACGUGUAGUUGUGAAGUUGAUAGUUCAAAACUGUUAGAUGAUUCUAACGUUUUUAAAUAUCAAUAAAGAUAACUGCACGUGAGUCACCAAUUUAUUAUUAUUGCACAUUAAAGUGAACGGCAAAAUAUAUCAUUUGUAAUUUAUUAAACAAGUCAGCCAAGGAAAGGCGGCACUCUCCAGUCUCCACGCAUAGUAAUGACUAGUUGAAUGUCACAACUACUUAUAGUCUGCUAUAUAUACGCUUAAUAAAAUGGAACAAUAAAUUUGGGCCUCUUCAUAUU